UCGUUGGAGUAGUAAUCGAGACACGCGAACAAUGAUCCACGGGUUUCAAGUGCGUGACACCCUCGUUCUGAAAUCGAGCUCUCUUUAUCAGUUCUCGAGUGAACGUCAAACCACCAACAUGAAGUUCCAGGGAACCAAAAUAUUCGUCUUAAGCGAGGGAGAUUUGGGCUCUAACGGGAAGGAUGAUUCCCUCUCAGGGGAAACAGGCCUCUCCGAAGACCUGGACAAGGGAUUUGUGUCCCCGUUACUCGCCCUGAAGUUCAACUUCCGGUUCAAUCAAUACUUCGGCAUGUUUCCGGCUCAGAUCAGCCAGGACUUCAUGAAAUUAACUUUGGUCCCGUCUCUCAUGAUUUGGACCUUCAUGGUAAAGUUCUUCUUCAUCGGUUUGGUCACGUCUCUCAUCUAUUUAUGGCUUACUGAUCAAGGGUACAAUUUCUAUGACUUGUGGGACAGAAUCUUUGCCUACAAGAAUUUCUCCAGGACCGACUACUUCGCCAUCAUCUCCCAUUACAUAUUCCUCAUGAGCUCCGCCCUUGUCCUCUACUUCUUCAACUUGGCCCUCCCCAAAGAGCUGACCAACCUUAACAUGGUCAUCAAGAACCUUUCGGCCUUUUUGAACGACGGAUUCGUAAUCCAAAACCCGCCGGUGAAGAAGAUGAUGAUCUACCGCUUGUCGGUUUGCUUCUUGUGUACGAUCGCCUCCUUAGUGUACUUGGCUGGCGUCCACGGCAUCAUUAGAAACCCAUCGUUCAACUCUUAUGAUGUCCUCAUUGUUUUCUUGACAGUCUUGGCCAUUUAUGUGGAGAAUCAGAACCAUAUGUUUUCCGAGCUUUUGUUCCUUCGUUACGUCCGCAUUCUGGACCAUCAUGCCCAAUGUCUCUUGAGCCACAUUGGUCAAGAGCACGUGUCUGGCUUUCGGAAUCGAGAGUGCUGCUACAAACGAUGCGAGAUCCUUCGAGAGAUGUACAACGCCAUUAGCACCACGUUUGGCAAUGACCUCUUUGUGACCGUAGUUAUCCUGGUCAUCAGUGAGGUCUUUGGGUUCUACCUCCUUACUACGUUCUUGGUCUUCAUACCCUCCUCCAACGAAAUUUGGCCUUUCAUUGCGGCUUACGUUCUGUACGCCCUUAUUCCGGCCAUUCGGUUGUAUGUCAUCAUUGAAGGGUCCGAGAAUACAUCCAAGUACAUGAAGAGAAUCCGAGCAGAGCUUCGAGACAUGGAGACCAAUUUGAUUUGCGCAUCCGGAUCGAAUGCGGAAGUGGCUGAGAUACGGCGAGUCCGAGAUAUGUACGACGAGAACUACGGGUUUUCCGCCAGUGGAUUCUUUUACCUGAAUCGGAGUCUCCUCACCUCCAUGUUUGGAUCCUUGGCCACUUACUUGAUCGUACUUCUGCAGUUCAAGAUCUCUGAUAUUAACGAAGUUGCUUAAAAAUUCAAUGUCAAUUAACCUACAGAAAUA